UUUCGUGACACAGCUGGAAGAAUUCCAACAGCCUGCACACACAACAACAAUUCAAGACGACUGCUGGUCGUUCUAAAGUUUCUUUGCUUUCUUCGUCAGAAAAUGUCCUAAAAUUGUCAGGUUAUACGUAAGGUUUGAGUUGGUAACUAAGCCUAAACAUGGAGCAAUAUAAAAGGCUCAGUAAUCCCUUAGUGAUACAUUAUCUGAAAUCCAAAGAAAUAAAUGACUCCCUGAUACCAAUAUACCAGCCAAAAUUGUCGUCUAUGAAAAGCUUGAUAGAUAGGCUUGGAUUGGAUUAUGAACUUAGUGGUCACAGUGGCUGUGUUAACUGCCUCGAGUGGAACAAAGAUGGUUCGGUUCUAGCAUCUGGUUCAGAUGAUCUUCACAUCAUUCUUUGGAAUCCAUUUCUGAAGAGAAAAAUUGCUUCUAUUGAUACAGGCCAUCAAGGCAAUAUCUUCUCAGUAAAGUUCAUGCCCCAAACGAAAGAUGGUCUAGUGGCUAGUGCAGCUGGGGAUGGAAGAGUCAAAAUUCAUUGGGUUGAACAUGCUUCAGCAAUAAAUUCCACUCCUCAGACUAGCCUGCAAUGCAACUGUCACGUUGGUCGCGUCAAGCGUUUGGCCACAGCUCCUGAUGUUCCAUACCUACUUUGGAGUGGGGCCGAAGAUGGAACAGUGAUGCAAUUCGAUUUGAGAAUGCCUCACGCCUGCACAAACGGCCCGUCCAACAUUUUGAUUAAUUUACUAAGCCAUACAGGGAAGCAAGCCGAAGUGAAAUCUAUUGCUAUUAACCCUGUUCGAACUGAGCAAUUGGUUGUUGGGGCUAAUGAUCCGUUUAUUCGUCUAUAUGAUCGACGGAUGAUUAAAAUCACAUCAGUCCCGUUUUGCUCCGAGAGAGCGAACCGGGGUAGACAGUACUCUCUCGUAACUAGUUCACAAAGUGAGGAAAGCCGCUCUGCGAUUCCUCUUGGGUGUGCUCAAUAUUUUGCUCCAGGUCAUCUACCACAAAAGUUGGAUGACUAUAGACGCCGCUUUCGCUCACUGGCGUCCACGUACGUGACUUUCGACGCGUCAGGUCGAUAUAUUUUGGCAAAUCUGGGAGGCGAACAGAUUUAUUUGUAUGAUUGUUUAACCCCCAAACUUCCGAUAACUCAAGUGCCUCUUUUGGACAAAGAACCUUUCAAUGGAACUGACAUCGUCACUUUACCACCGGAAAUAGAACAAAUAAAAAUACAGGCCAAUGCCGCCUUCCAGCAACGGCAGUACACCACAGCCAUCGGGCUGUACAGCAAGGCGCUGAUGAGGGCACCGAAUUCACCGGUGCUGUACAGCAAUCGCGCUGCAGCUUGCAUGAAACGUAAUUGGGAUGGGGAUACUUAUGCUGCUCUGAGAGACUGCGUCACUGCUUUAAAGAUCGAUCCUAAUCAAAUAAAACCAUUUCAUCGAUUAGCGCGAUGUCUCCUAGAUCUUGGCCAACCGCGGUUGGCAGACCAGGCAUUCCAAUUAUUCAAGGAAAAAUUUCCUCAACAAGCAAACAGCUCCAUGCACAACAAACUACAUCUCGAAGUCCAGAAAAAACUUGAACUACAGGAGCAGCGCACAGAAAGAGAGACUGCUCGCAGGCAAAUGGAUGAUGAAUCAGAUUUGUUGGAAGACGGUGACACUUCAUCUAGCAUUACGGAAAAUGAAAAAAUCUGGCGAACACGUUACUGGGACUACACCAGUCGUUAUUGCGGUCACUGCAAUACCACAACUGACAUUAAAGAAGCAAAUUUUUUCGGAGAUGACGGACAGUAUAUUCUAGCUGGAUCGGACGAUGGUUGUUUUUUUAUCUGGGAUCGCCACACUGGAAUAGUUGAAAGAGUUCUACGUGGUGACGAAUCGAUCGUCAACUGCCUCCAGCCCCAUCCGUUCACCUGCAUGUUAGCGACGUCGGGCAUUGAUUCCGUGGUUCGAAUUUGGUCGCCCUUACCACAGGAAAGAGCCGUCCAAGAUCGAUUGGGCAGCGUUGUGCACGAUGCGGAAUCGGCAGCCAUGGCCAACCAACGACGCAUGAACGCCGACCCUUUCGAGCUUUUCCUCAUGAAUAUGGGUGCCACGGCUGAAGACGCCAUGCCGGAUAUUACAGUUCGCCCUCGCCGUCCAGCCUCAUCACCGGGCGACGACCAAGAUGAAGAUUCUCGCGCAGCCAUUCAGUGUCGGCAAAGUUAACAUGUACUUAUAUUUUUGUUUAAUCAAUGGUAAGUUUGUUGCUUCGUUUUUUCCCCCCUAUAACUGUUGGAAAUUUUAAGAUUCUUCUCUGGUCUUGAUGAUGCUACAUAAUCCAUUAGCAACAUCGUAAUUCGCUGUACAACAUGUUGAACCCACAUCGGCAAACAUAACGAAGCCCCGGUUAAAUGCAAGAUACAUCAACA